AGUGCUGAGUGUGGCUGGGGUCACUGAGCAGAGCUAUCCCAGAGUCUGUCCACAAAUACAGAAGAGGGGGAACCACAGUCUCUCUAGGGUCCCACGGUUUCCUACACUUUUUGCUUUGUUCUGAGAGAGAGACAAAGCGCCAUGACUGCUCUGUGGGUUGGACAGAUGCCUGUUUCCACCUGCAGGCUGGAACCCAAGCUGAGGUCUUAAAUAUUCCCAGGUACUGAUAAAGCACUUUAGGUUGUUUCUAGAAAACACUGAAAAAUUAACCCUUUUGCUAAUGAUAUAGAAACAAGGCCUCUCCUCAACCAAAUUCCUGAAACUCUCAAGUUAAACUUCGUAACCCAAUCCCUUCACUGCAGACACCCAGUAGGAAAGUCACAGAUGCAAGGAUGAGAUGACUUUGGUCAAACUCAGACCCCACAGGGCCAGGAAGACCUGAAGGAGAGGAGGCUCAUGCUUCCAGGUCUCAGAUGAGAACUGUUUCUAAGGACUUUUAAAAAACCCCACAAGAAACUCUUUCAUGUCCUUCACCCAUCUCCUGCUUUGACAAGGUGUAUCACUAGCUAUUCUUUAGGAUGUCAGGAAUUCAGGUAAGAUGCUCUCGAGAGAACAUUUUCUCAGCAACAACAUCUCCUCCAGCGGACCAACAGCAGCUCUGGCUCUGAACCUCUGGAAUCAGGGAACUCUGUUUCUAAGCAGCUCUGUCAGCCUCUCCUUUGUUGCUGAUAAGAACCUCCUUUACCUCUCUAUGUACAGAGAGCUCUCUCUAAGGUGUUUUUCCUCUACUCUUACACCAAUCAUCAACACAGAAGACUUGUAGGAUCAGAUGUGUCGGGUUUUUUUCCCCAAACCCAGUAACUUAGACAUCAGCUGGGAUGUCUAAGUCAGUUCUGACGCUGUCUACCCAGAGACAGUCCUAGAUCCCACAGAUUGAAGGCUCAGUCCCAAGACUGCCCUCCAUACCAUUGCCAAGUCCAGACCUCCAACCGACUUCAAGUUGGGGAUCCCAUGACCCCCUCUUUGGGUUUAAUUUGCUGUAGCAGCUCACAGAACUCAGGGAGACAUGGACAUUUCCUGGUUGAAUACAAAGCACACUGCAGAGGACACAGAUAAAGAGACGCAUAGGAGGAGGCAUGGGGGAAGGGGCACGUGACUUCCAUGCCCUCCCUGGGCGCCACCCUCCAGGAACCACUGCAUGCUCAACCAUCCAGAAACUCACGAAACCCAGUCCUCUUGGGCUUUUAUGGAAGCUUCAUGAUGUCAGCAUUUCCUCCCACAAGGAACAGGGUGAGACCAUCUUCUGGGAGGGUCUUAAGAUCCACCAUCAGAAAGGCAGGGAACAUUAGAUUCUUGCCUUGAGCAGGUGAAGGAAGGGCAGGAGGAGGUCAGAGGCCUCCCCUGAGGCCCAACACAGCCAAUGUUAUAACAAAAGACUGUAACAAGGGCUAUGGGAGUUACAAGCAAGGAACCGCGGGUGAAAACCAGUAUAUAUCCCAAUAUCACACUUCCCUCUCUGGACGCACCGUGUCUUGCCAUGCCAUGCACUCCAGAUUGUAAUCCUUGCUUCUCAUUCCCAAAUACACUCAAAAUCCUGGUGACCCUGGAGCAAGGCAACCUUGAGUUCCUGGGGUCUCUUAUAUACACACUUUUUCAACCAAACAGGGAUCAGAAGUAUGGCAUUUGUGAGAAGCAAGACCUGCGUGUAUGAACAGCAAACUUUUCCUAUAUGCAGGUCAAGCAGAGACAACAUCAUCGAGGCUGGAGUACGGGCAGAUUUGGGUACAUGUAGAGGGUACUGAAACGAAUUGCCUGUGUAUCCCAAAAAACAACUGUACUGAGAGAUAAUAUUCUCCAGGGUUUUUUGUUUGUUUGGUUGGUUGGUUAAAGCUUUGUGUAGAACACCCAGUGCCUCCUUGUCCAUCUCAGGAACAUACUUCUAUGUGGAAGCACAUCCUUGAGAUGCACAAGCAGACACUGGGCAAGGAGACAAGGAUGUCCCACUCUAUGGAAGUCCCCCUAAUAAAUGCUCUAUGGACACCCUGGUGUUUAGUGCUUCUUUCUUUGGAAUCCCAGCAGCUCUAUCACUGGACGGUUUGGUGCACUCCCUUGAGGUGACUCCCCUGGGUUGCUUGGGGUCCACUCCAGCCUCAGGUGUGGCUGGAGGACGCAGCCUCCCACCUUCAUCUGGAGCCCUGAGCCCCGCUCUGUCAUUGCAGAUCGUGAGGUUCCUCUCCCGGCUCCACUCAGUGGCGGAAACCUCCACUCCAAUGACCCCUCGAUGGUCCCGCCACCCUGUGGCAUCACAUCUCUGGCCUCUGUUCUUUCUUGUGGAUCCGUCUACCCUUGGGAACUUCUAUACCUCUUUUUCUGCUCAUGACCUUGAUUCUCUGGGUAUUUCAGAAAUGCCUGAUGCACACUUCUCCAUUAGGGUCAGGGGCGACAUCAUGAGUGGACGCAUCAACCAUCCAACACCAAGAUCCUCUCAUGUCCCAGACACCUCAGAUCUUACCUUGGUCUGGAAAUGAAGCACAAAUGAGCCCCUCCCAAUGUCCCAGGCACCACUGACCCCACAACCACGGUGACGAGUGGGAUUUGUGACAACAGUCUGCAAAGGAAAAGACUGAGGCUCAGAGAUGGUUCACUACCGCCCAAGGUCACACAGGCAGUGGAUGAUAACCGGUCAUUGAAUAAAUAUCAGCUCCCUCCCCCACUCCCCCAAAUCAAAGCUCAAACAUAAGUCAUUGUUCCAGAAAUGCUGAGCAGGAAUUGAGGUGCAGAGGGGCGGCCAAGGGCACAGGGGCACUAAAGAGGAAGGAAAGACUCAGAGGUUUGUUCCCAGCUGGGUGGGGCUGGACGCUGUAGCAAAAAAGUUUUAAAAAGGGGAAGUUGAGAAGGGGACUAUUUGGUUGAAAGAAAAUUCACAAUCCAGUGCCAAGAAAGAAGUCAACUUUUCUUCCCCUAUUUCCCUGCAUUUCUCUUCUGUCCUCACUGCCACACGCAGCUCAGCCUGGACGGCACAGCCAGAUGUGAGAUGUGUCUCUGCUGAUCUGGGUCUGCCUGCAGCAUGGACCUGCGUCUUCCCUGAAGUAUCUCCAGGGCUGGAGAGAUAACUGGCAAGCACCAAGAGACCCUGUGUGUCUCUGUCCUGCCAGUACCGAGGGCUCAUCCAUCCACAGAGCAGAGCAGUGGGAGGAGACGCCAUGACCCCCAUCCUCACGCUCCUGAUCUGUCUCGGGCUGAGUCUGGGCCCCAGGACCCGCGUGCAGGCAGGGACCCUUCCCAAGCCCACUCUCCGGGCUGAGCCAGGGUCUAUGAUCAGCGAGGGGAGUCCUGUGACCCUCAGGUGUCAGGGGAGCCUUCAGGUUCAGGACUACCGUCUACAAAGGGAAAAAAAACCAGCAUCCUGGGUUAGACGGAUACCACAAGAGCUUGUCAAGAAGGGCUAUUUCGCCAUUGCAUCCAUCACCUGGGAAGACACAGGGCAGUAUCGCUGUCAGUAUUACAGCCACAGGUGGUGGUCAGAGCCCAGCGACCCCCUGGAGCUGGUGGUGAUAGGAGCCUACAGCAAACCCACCCUCUCAGCCCUGCCCAGCCCUGUGGUGGCCUCAGGAGGGAACGUGACCCUCCAGUGUGACUCACAGGUGGUAUUUGAUGGCUUCAUUCUGUGUAAGGAAGGAGAAGAUGAACACCCACAACGUCUCAACUCCCAGUCCCAUGCCCAUGGCUGGUCCUGGGCCGUCUUCUCCGUGGGCCCCGUGAGCCCGAGUCGCAGGUGGUCGUACCGGUGCUAUGGUUAUAUCUUGAGCGCUCCCUAUGUGUGGUCUUUACCCAGUGAUCUCCUGGAGCUCCUGGUCCCAGGUGUUUCUAAGAAGCCGUCACUGUCAGUGCAGCCGGGUCCUGUCGUGGCCCCUGGGGAUAAGCUGACCCUCCAGUGUGGCUCUGAUGCCGGCUACAACAGAUUCGCUCUGUACAAGGAGGGAGAAGAUGACUUCCUCCAGCGCCCUGGUCGGCAGCGCCAGGCCGGGCUCUCCCAGGGCAACUUCCUCCUGGGCCCUGUGAGCCGCUCCCACAGGGGCCAGUACAGAUGCUAUGGUGCACACAACCUCUCCCCCGAGUGGUCGGCCCCCAGUGACCCCCUGGACAUCCUGAUCGCAGGACAGAUCCGUGGCACACCCUUCAUCUCAGUGCAGCCGGGCCCCAAGGUGGCCUCAGGAGAGAACGUGACCCUGCUCUGUCAGUCCUCGUGGCAGUUCCACGCUUUCCUUCUCACCCAGGCGGGAGCAGCUGAUGCCCACCUCCAUCUAAGAUCAAUGCACAAAUAUCCUAAGUACCAGGCUGAAUUUCCCAUGAGUCCUGUGACCUCAGCCCACGCGGGGACCUACAGGUGCUACGGCUCACGCAGCUCCAACCCCUACCUGCUGUCUGUCCCCAGUGACCCCCUGGAGCUCGUGGUCUCAGGACCCUCCGGAGGCCCCAGCUCCCCCACAACAGGCCCCACCUCCACAUGUGCAGGCCCUGAGGACCAGCCCCUCACCCCCACGGGGUCAGACCCCCAGAGUGGUCUGGGAAGGCACCUGGAGGUUGUGACUGGCAUCUUGGUGGCCUUCGUCCUGCUGCUCUUCCUCCUCCUCCUCCUCUUCCUCGUCCUCCGACAUCGACGUCAGGGCAAACGUUGGACAUCGGCCCAGAGAAAGGCUGAUUUCCAACAUCCUGCAGGGGCUGUGGAGCCAGAGCCCAGAGACAGAGGCCUUCAGAGGAGGUCCAGCCCAGCUGCCGAGGCCCAGGAAGAAAACCUCUAUGCUGCCGUGAAGGACACACAGCCUGAGGACGGGGUGGAGCUGGACAGUCGGGCUGCUGCAUCUGAAGACCCCCAGGAUGUGACCUACGCCCAGCUGCAGAGCUUGACCCUCAGACGGGAGGCAACUGAGCCUCCUCCAACCCAGGAAAGGGCGCCUCCAGUUGAGUCCAGCAUCUACGCCACCUUGACCAUCCACUAUGAAUCUGUUUCGCACACAUGGAGGAGGCGGCUCAGGGGUGACCAUGGACCUGAGUCAAUGGGCAGAGAUACCCCAGUGCCAUCCACAAACACAGGGGAGGAGGAGCCACAACUCCCCACUUCCGUCCAAAACCAUGACCCCUCCCUGAGUCUCAACUUGAAGUUCACAGCCAGAUGUGCAACGUGUCUCUGCCGAUCUGAGUCUGCCCUGCAGCAGGGACCUGCAGCUUCCGUGAAGCAUCCCCAGGGCUGGGCCGCCAUGAAGGACCCAGCCUCCGAGCGGCCACACACCAUGUGUCUCUCUGUCCUGCCGGCACUGAGGACUCAUCCAUCUGCACAGCUGGGGCCACUGGGAGGAGACGCCAUGACCCCCACCCUCAUGGUCCUGUUCUGCUUAGGGCUGAGUCUGGGCCCCAGGACCUGUGUGCAGGCAGGGCCCCUCCCCAAACCCACCGUCUGGGCUGAGCCUGGCUCUGUGAUCAGCUGGGGGAGCCCCGUGACCAUCUGGUGUCAGGGAACCCUGGACGCUCAGGAGUACCGUCUGGAUAAAGAAGGAAGCUCAGCACCCUGGGACAUACAGAACCCACUGGAGCCCAGGAACAAGGCCAAGUUCUCCAUCCCAUCCAUGACACAGCACUACGCAGGGAGAUACCGCUGUUACUAUCACAGCCAUCCAGACUGGUCAGAGGACAGCGACCCCCUGGACCUGGUGAUGACAGGAGCCUACAGCAAACCCAUCCUCUCAGUCCUGCCGAGUCCUCUUGUGACCUCAGGAGAGAGCGUGACCCUGCUGUGUCAGUCACGGAGCCCGAUGGACACUUUCCUUCUGUUUAAGGAGGGGGCAGCCCAUCCCCUGCCGCGUCUGAGAUCACAGCACGGAGCUCAGCUGCACCGGGCUGAAUUCCCCAUGGGUCCUGUGACCUCAGUGCAUGGGGGGACCUACAGGUGCAUCAGCUCACACAGCUUCUCACACUACCUGCUGUCACGCCCCAGUGACCCCGUGGAGCUCACUGUCUUAGGAUCCUUGGAGAGUCCCAGCCCCUCAGCCACAAGGUCCAUCUCAGCAGCUGCAGGCCCUGAGGACCAGCCCCUCAUGCCUACAGGGUCAGACCCCCAGAGUGGUCUGAGAAGGCACUGGGAGGUACUGAUCGGGGUCUUGGUAGUCUCCAUCCUGCUUCUCUCCCUCCUCUUCUUUCUCCUCCUCCAACACUGGCGUCAGGGCAAACACAGGACAUCAGCCCAGGGACAGGCUGAUUUCCAACGUCCUCCAGGGGCUGCAGAGCCAGAGCCCAAGGGUGGGGGUCUACAGAGGAGGUCCAGCCCAGCUGCUGACGUCCAGGGAGAAAACCCCACAGAUGCUGCCAUGAAGGACACACAGCCUGGGGAUGGGGUGGAGCUGGACAGUCGGCAGAGCCCACACGAUGAAGACCCCCAGGCAGUGACACAUGCCCAGGUGAAACACUCCGGACCUAGGAGAGAAAUGACCUCUCCUCCCUCCCCACUGUCCGAGGAAUUCCUGGACACAAAGGACACACAGGCGGAAGAGGACAGGCAGACGGACACUCAGGCUGUCCUUUCCUCUCCAGGCCCCCAGCCUUCCCCUACCCCCAUCAUGUUCCUUCCCUCUCACUCUCCCCCACUGCAGGCUGCUACAUCUGAAGCCCCCCAGGAUGUGACCUACGCCCAGCUACAGAGCUUGACCCUCAGACGGGAGGCAACUGAGCCUCCUCCAACCCAGAAACGGGAACCUUCAGCUGAGCCCAGUGUCUAUGCCACUCUGGCCAUCCACUAAUCCAGGGAGGACGCAGACCCCACAAACCACGGAGACUCAGGACCCCAGAAGUCAUGGAAGUUGCCCCCAGUGGACAUCAUUGAACCCCAGCCAGCCUAGACCCCUAACAGAGACCACUAGAAGAUUCUGGGAACUUUGGGCUUCACCUGAUUCUGCAAAGAUAAAUAGUAUCCCUGCAUUAUCAAAAUAAAGUAGCAGACUUCUCAGUUCCCAAUGAGUUAACUGAUUUAAAAAAAAAAA